AUGGAGACACCCAAAAUGCAGAUGGACACUUGCACUCACAAGGGACGCGCUUCCAUAGGUGCAGCAACCAUCAGGAAACUGACCACACACACUCCGGUGGGAGGUCUUCUUCACUUCCCUCCCUCCACCAAGAUCUCUCCCCAUCACCACGGACACAGUGACAAACACAACCUCUCUGAAUUUGGACACUGGGGCCCCAUUUCAGAAGGUGACAACCCUCACACCAACAACUGCACAUACUUGUUUACAGGGGCGGAUGCCCGUAACAUGUCUGCCUGGAUUUUUGUCAACUGCAGCCUGACGCUGGGGAAGAUUUGUUGCUUUGGCUUUGACAUGGACUACACUCUGGCUGCCUACAAGUCCCCAGACUAUGAGGCCCUAGACUUUGAGCUGCUGCUGGAGUGCCUGGUGUGCACUGGGUACCCACUCGAGAUCCUGUGCUAUACUUACAACCCCACCUUCCCCACCAGGGAGCUGGUGUUUGAUGCACUCUGUGGGAACCUGCUGAAGGUGGACACCCACGGGAAUGUGCUGCUGGGUGAUGGCUUCACCUUCCUCUCAGAGGCAGAGAGCUGGAGCUUCUACCCCAGCAAGUUCAUUGUCCUGCAGCGCUUCCACAUCCUCAACACACUCUUCAACCUGCCUGAAACCUACCUCUGUGCCUGCCUGGUGGACUUCUUCUCUGGCUGCUCCUGUUACACCAACUGUGACACUGGAUAUCAGCAUGGGAACUUCUUCAUGUCCUUCUGAAGCCUCUUCCAGGAUGUGGCUGAUGCCAUGAAUUGCAUCCACCUGCAUGGCUAUCUCAAGAAGACCCUGGAGGACUUGUAGAAGGACGUGGAGAAGGAUGCACACCUCCCAUUGCUGCUGGGGAAGAUGAAGGAGGUUGGGGAAGUGUUUUUGGCCACCAGUGGCAGCUACAACUAUGCCAACGCCAUCGUGACCUACCUGUUCAGCACCAGUGAGGCUGAAGCCUCGGCCAGCCCCUGGAAGUCCUACUUCAACCUGAUCAUGGUGAACACGAAGCAUCCCUGCUUCUUUGUAGAAGGGAGGGUCAACAUGGACUUGGGGAAGCUAGGCAUGGGCACCUAUACAGGGCCCCACCAGCACUAUUCUGUCUACUCUGGAGGCUCGUCUGACAUGGUGUGUGAGCUCCUCGGGGUUUGGGGAAAGGACAUCCUGUACAUUGGGGACCACAUUUUUGGGGACAUUCUCAAGUCCAAGAAGCAGCAGAGCUGGCGGACUUGCCUGGUGGUUUCUGAGCUGUCCUGGGAGCUGGACAAGGGCGAGCUGCUGGGGUUGGGAACAGUCAGAGGGCACUGGCUGCCCCUGCAGAGGCCCCAGCACUGCCUUCUCCUUUUCCCCGUGGGGGCCAGGAAUCCUGGCCACUCUGUUGUUUCUGAGGGAGGAAGCAGACCCCCAGAGAGGCACUCAGGGACCUUCCCUUGCACGCGUGCACACACCCAGCCCGGCACCCACACUCGAUGCUCGCAUGGCGUCUUCCAUAUGACCCCUGUGGGGUCUAAGGAGACUGUCCUGGCACUCAGGCUCUGUGCCUCCCCUUGGUUACCAGGCUAUUUUUGUACCAGGCACAUAGACGGGAGCAGUUGUGAGCUUCAAGUCAUCAACUUCACCAAGAGAGAGAUCCAGAUGACAAUGCCGCAUGAGUCAGUUGUGUAGCAAGAAUGGGCCAAUCUGGACCCUGCCUCCUGCCUCCUCUCUUGCAGCCAGAGGGUGAGGAGGGUGAGUGGCUUUGACCAAGGGUUUCUGUGGCUUGGGCUCCCAUGGGCUAGAGCAGUGGUUCCCAAUGGGGUGGUAUCAACCCCAGGGUGCAUGAGGCAAUUGGUGGGGGGGGGCUUUAUUUUUGGCGGCAAGCAUAGUAAUUCCUGA